GUGCAACUUUCAAGUUGGUCGCCCAGAUUGGUCCUUGGUCGCCCGGCCACCAGCCCCCCCUCCCCACCAGCCCAGGGGUCCCACCCCCACCCCACUCCGGGCCUCCAGCCGGCGGGAUGGUGUCCUGGAUGAUCUGCCGCUUGGUGGUGCUGGUAUUUGGCAUGCUGUAUCCUGCCUAUGCCUCAUAUAAGGCUGUGAAGACCAAGAACAUUCGGGAAUACGUCCGCUGGAUGAUGUACUGGAUCGUCUUUGCCCUCUUCAUGACAAUCGAAACCUUCACAGACAUCUUCAUCUCCUGGUUCCCUUUCUACUAUGAGAUCAAGAUGGCAUUCGUGGUGUGGCUGCUGUCCCCUUACACCAAGGGCGCCAGCCUGCUCUAUCGCAAGUUUGUGCACCCAGCCCUGGCUCGCCGGGAGAAGGAGAUCGACUCGUAUAUCGUGCGGGCCAAGGAGCGCAGUUAUGAGACCGUGCUGAGCUUCGGAAAGCGGGGGCUCAACAUUGCCGCUUCGGCUGCUGUGCAGGCUGCCGCCAAGAGCCAGGGUGCGCUGGCCGGACGGCUGCGGAGCUUCUCCAUGCAGGAUCUGCGGACCAUCCCCAGUGACCCCGUCCCCGCCUACCGGGAUCCGCUGUACCUGGAGGACCAGGAGCCGGACCCAAGACCUCCCAUCGGAUACCACGCGCGAGGGUUGCGGUUCGGGCCGGACAGUGACUCCGAGGAAGAAUGCUGGUCGGACUCUGAGGUCUCCUCCCAACCUCCACCCCGCCCCCGGGAGAAGCCGUUGGCCCGGAGCCAGAGUCUGCGGGUGGGCAAGAAAAAGCCCACGUUGAGAGAGACUACAUCACGCUCCCUGAAGAGUCGGACGCGGAGAAAGGUGGUCCCGUCAGAACUGGACAAUUAGCUCCAUCCGGUUUUAGCUCUUACUCUGAGGGUAUCCUGUGCCCUUCCUCCUCUUCCUCCUUUGGCUUCUUGUGUGCCCUCAGCAGCCCGGGGCAGGCCCUUGGAGGACCGGAUUGGGCAAAAAGAGGUGGUCUCUCUCUGAUGGUGUGAAGCAGAUUUUCUGAGCUCUUGACCAUCCCGAUGUCUGUGUCCCGUCCCCCUUCUCCGCUUCCGUCCCCACCACUCCCGGCUCUCCGGGGCAGUGGCUCCAGCCCUAGCUGAUCCCCGGGCUACCCCUGGCCUCUGACAGCCUGAGGGAACCCCAACUCCUGCCCUGGAGUGUCAGCAGGGAAUUGAGUCCCAGGCCCCCUUCUUUCCCUGCCACAGGUCAGCCCGCAGCCUCUAAUCCCCCAGGUCCCUGCCGCCUGAUUUCUUCCGCCGGCCCUUUGGGGUUGGGGGGUUCUCACGGGCCACCAAGGGCUCCGAUGAUACCAAAGCAGCUCUCCCCCCACAGCUUCUUUCCUUGGGGGGGGGCUAUUUAUUGCCUUUCCUUACCCACUCUCCCGGCACCCUCUCUCUUCCUCCCUCCCCACCUUCCCACCUGAGGGCAAUGGGAGACGUGAACCCCAAUUCCAGCGUGGUGCCAGCAGUCCUCCAGCUCCUGGCAACUCAAUCUCUCUUCCCAGGUCCAGCUCUGUCCGUUCUGCCCCUGGUUUCCUUCCUGUUCCCCAGAUACUUGACUGGUCCUCCUUCUACACCUUUGUGUGUGCGUGCGUAUGCAUAUAUAUGUGUGUGUGUUCAUUGUGUGUGUCCAGUGUGUGAAUGACUAACUGGAUUUUUGUCUUCUGAUAAAUAAAUUCAUGGAUUUUUUUUAA